AUGAGAGGCGAGGUCUGCCAUCUUCAUAUCGGCCAGGCUGGUACCCAGCUGGGUAACAGUGCGUGGGAACUGUACCUUCUUGAACACGGAUUGAAAGCGGAUGGCCGUGCGGAUCCCGAUGCCGCUGACCUUGGCGAGCCCGGCUCUUUCGAUACCUUCUUCACUGAAACCGGAAAUGGCAAAUAUGUCCCCCGAUCCAUCUUCGUCGACUUGGACCCAUCUAUGCUCGAGGUCACUACACAAUCGGAAAGGAACUUGUUGAUAACGUUAUCGAUCGCAUCCGUCGCGUUGCUGGUAGAAAUGCCCUCAAAACAUACUGCUGGGAUCUGGCUGAUUGUUCUGUCGAAUUUAGACAACUGCUCCUCCCUUCAAGGUUUCUUGAUCUUCCACUCCUUUGGUGGCGGUACCGGUUCUGGUUUCGGUGCUCUUCUUUUGGAACGUCUCUCUACCGACUAUGGUAAAAAGUCCAAGCUCGAAUUCGCUGUCUACCCAGCUCCUCGCCUCUCCAGUGCCGUGGUUGAGCCAUACAACGCCGUCCUUUCUACUCACAGCACCAUCGAGAACUCUGACUGCACAUUCCUUGUGGACAACGAGGCCGUCUACGACAUCUGCCACCGCAACUUGGAUAUCCCCCGCCCCGGCUAUGAACAUCUUAACAGACUCAUCGCCCAGGUCGUCAGUUCCAUCACCUCGAGCUUGCGUUUCGAUGGUGCCUUGAACGUUGAUUUGAACGAAUUCCAAACUAACUUGGUGCCAUAUCCUCGUAUCCACUAUCCUCUUAUCAGUUAUGCUCCAGUUGUUUCCAGCAACCGCAGCUCCCAUGAGAGCUUCAAGAUUCCUGACUUGACCUUCCAAUGCUUCGAGCCCAACAAUCAGAUGGUCGUUUGCGAUCCCCGCAAUGGUAAAUACAUGGCCGUUGCCCUUCUCUACCGCGGUGAUGUCGCUCCUCGUGACUGCAGCGUGGCCGUUGCUUCUCUCAAGGCCAAGACAUCUUUCAACCUGGUUGAAUGGUGCCCAACUGGAUUCAAACUCGGCAUCAACUACCAGAAACCGAUCCGUGUUCCAGGAGGCGAGCUCGCCCCAGUUGACCGCUCUGUCAGCAUGCUUUCCAACACAACUGCCAUUGCCGAAGCCUGGAGCCGCCUCGACCACAAGUUCGAUCUCAUGUACUCCAAGCGUGCUUUCGUGCACUGGUAUGUUGGUGAGGGUAUGGAGGAGGGUGAGUUCUCUGAGGCUCGCGAAGAUCUCGCUGCUUUGGAGAAGGACUACGAAGAAGUCGCCAGCGACAGUCUGGAAGCUGAGGGAGAUGAGGGUCUUGAGUAUUAA